AUGGAUCAAUUUCUCGACUACAAAACCAAGAAUGAUGCCCCCAAGAUUCAUCGUUCCGUCUUCACCAAUAAAGACCACGGUAAGGGCGAAUGUCCCAACCUGCUUCCACUUUCCAACGGCGUUAUUCGAUACACGACUCAGUCACCCCAGGACGCAGGGUUCUGUUCUGAACGGACAGGUGAAGCACCGAUUGGCCGGCUGGUCGAUUUCGGGGGAGAUUGGUCCAUCUCUGGCGAUCAGUACAGUUUCACACCAACGACAGAUACCGCUGCAGUCGCAGUGACCGGAUCAUCCGGGUGGACGGAUUACGAGAUCAGUGCGGACGUCAUGAUCUGGAGCAAGUCUGGCGAUGUUGGCCUGAGUACGCGGGUGUCUGCUUUAGAAAGUGGUUUAAAUCAUUUAAAAAUGUAUACGGCAGUCAUCAGUAGUGCGACUGGUAACCUGACUGUUUACCAAGUAUCCAAUACCUCCACUCCGCUGCACUCAUGGGUUCUUCCUGGGGGCAUUGAAGCUAACAAAUGGUAUCACUUGUUAUUUGCGGUUCGCUCAGAUAGUCUCACAGUCACACUUUCUGGAUCAAACCAUAGCUACACAGCUACCGAUGAGACCUUUCCUCGAGGCAUGGCCGGCUUUUACGGGAAUAAUGGCAGUGGGGGCUUCAAAAAUGUUCAGAUAAAGAAUCUAUCUUGA